GGAGGACGAGGAGAGUGUGACGACGAGGAAAAAAAGACGCUUUAUCCUGGUUCAGCACUACGAUAUUCUCCUCUCCUCUCUCUCACCUCUCCUUGUGCUUCUAUACUCCAGAGAGGCACAGAGAGAGACACACAAAGGCAUAUAAUCAAGCAGGCAGACCUAUAAAGGAGUCCAGUCCACGGUGAGGUUCGGACAUGCCACCUCAUCAAGAGAAACGACCUUCAGUGUGAGCGGCAGUGAACAAGCCUGCCGCCAGAGAGAGGUGCAGCACCGGCGGUGAAGGUGGUGGCGGGAGGAAGGGCGAAGCGGUAGGAGGAGAAGCCAUGUGUUUUGUCCAACCUCGGCUAUGCAAGGCGAGGGCGGCGGCCGCGGUGGUAGUUGUGGUGACUUGUGGGAUCGGAACCUACAGAAGUUUCACCCGGUCACCGCUGCACCUUGAGCCCUCUCCAGACGUGUGUCCUCCAGCCAACCCGCCGAACCACCCACUGCAGCAGAGGACGGGCCAGCGGGUACAGCGACUGCCUGGUGACGUGUUGCAGGUGAACAGAGAGGGGCCGUCCUGGAGGCCCUGGAGCGACUCUGGUAAUUGCUCCUCCUACCACACCAGGUUCGGGCGCGGCCUGACGCCGGUGCUGCUGGUGUCGCUGCCGUGCUCGGGCAGCACCUGGCUCCGCUACAUGCUGGAGGGCGCCACCGGCCUCUUCACUGGCUCCGCCUACAACGACCCUUUGCUGCACAGCGGUGGCUUCCUCGGUGAGGGUGUUCCCAUCACGCCACACACAACGCUGCUGCACAGGACCCACGGUGCCACGAUCAUGCCUUUCUCCCACGACAUCUACGCCCGCUACCAAUCCGUCGACCCGGACCUGCCCACCGUCCUGCUCAUCCGUGACCCCGCCAGAGCAAUCAUCUCCUUCUGGAAGCUGAAUAACCUCGUGGGAAUGAACAAGCACGUUGAGGAGAUACCCGAGAGCAGAUUUGAAGGAGAAGACUUUCGUGACUUCGUGGCGGAGGCGACGCUGCUGUGGGAGGAGCUGGCCGUGGACCGCCUGCUGUGGGCCGUCAAGCCGCUGUUCGUGCUGCACUACGAGGACCUCCAGGCCAGCCCGCUGCCCCUCCUGCGCCGCCUGCUGCACUUCCUCAGUGUUCCCGUCGACGAGGGGCGCCUGGCGUGUCUCGUGGCUCACCCUCACGGCUCGUUCAGACGAAACACCUCCAGCAAGUUCGAUCCUUUCACGGCGGAGGAGAAGAAGAGAUUCGCUCAGGCCGUCAAGAGAGUCGACAACCUGCUGGGGCUCCUGGGCUACCCGCGCGUCCCUAAGCCAACUGAUCGCCUCUGGUAAGGCCCGUCUGCAGCCAAGGGUAGGUGCGCCCACGGAGAAAAACUGCAAUCAAAUAUACAUUUUAUCACCAGCACGUUAUGCUUAACUGAUAAUGACAUAAAAGUUAGUGACGCAGCUGCACUUUUCAUUGUCACGAUAAGCAGAUUAGAGGUAAAGGUGUUGGUGGUAGUGCGUGUUCUACGCGCUAAUUGGUUCACUGAUAGAGAAAGGCAAUAUCCGGCAGGGCUACUUUAUUGAUAAAAAAAUCACACAGCUCAUUAAGACAAACAACACAAACGAGACGUUGUUAAAGUGUAUGUAGUAAACAAUAUGUAUGAGUUAACAUUAGGAGGACGAGGACAGACAGUAGAAGAUAAACGAGUAACAAGAGAAGUUAACAUUGAUGAUGCAACACGGACAACAGGGAGACGAGACAGCGACGAUGAAAAUACAUAGACGGCACAGGAGACACAAGACGAGGGGAGAUGAAAACAUUACACACGAAUACACUUAAUGAGUCUGUGCUGCAGCGCCACAUUUUCUUGGGUCACUAGGGAAGCAGAGCACACGGCUUUCAGCGGCGGCUGCUACAACGGAACGGAGAUGUUGCACUCCUUUAAUACGAGUCGGCGGAACGCACUAGUUCUCGUGCCAGGAAAAAGUUCCCCUAUUAGUAUUCGUGUCAGGAAAACAACUACUACUACUGGAAAUCGAAUGUGGGUAUAAAACAUCCAUUUCAUAAUUAAAAUUUAUUUCAACAA